AUGGCGGAAUCGGUCACGAUAAAAGUUAUGUGCCGUUUCCGGCCGCUGAACAGCAAGGAACUGGCGAGGCAGGACAAGUUUCUGCCCAAGUUCAUCAGCGACGAGCAGAUCAAGCUCGACGGGAAGACAUACACCUUCGACCGCAUUUUCAACGAGACGACGCAGCAGGAGACCGUCUACAAAUACGCUGCGCAGCCGAUUGUCAAGGACGUCUUAACCGGCUUCAAUGGAACGAUCUUUGCGUAUGGCCAGACGUCGUCAGGAAAGACGCAUACGAUGGAAGGUGUUCUUCACGACAGUAACUUGAGCGGUAUCAUUCCGAGAAUCGUCGACGACAUCUUUAAUCACAUCUACGGCAUGGACGAGAGUAUCGAGUUCCACAUCAAAGUCUCGUACUUUGAAAUUUAUCUGGACAAAGUACGAGACUUGCUCGACAUCUCGAAGACAAACCUUCCCGUGCACGAAGAUGGCAACCGCGUUCCCUAUGUCAAAGGAGCAACAGAACGCUUCGUGGUCUCGCCGGAAGAUGUCAUGGACGUUGUCGACGAAGGAAAGUCUAACCGAUCCGUGGCCAGCACAAAUAUGAACGACCAGUCGAGUAGAAGUCACUCGAUCUUCCUCAUCCAGGUCUCACAAGAAGACAAGACGAAAGAGACCAAGCUCAACGGAAAGCUCUACCUCGUCGAUUUGGCUGGUUCCGAAAAAGUCGGCAAAACAGGAGCAGAAGGCAUCGUUCUCGACGAAGCAAAGAACAUCAACAAGUCUUUAUCCGCCCUUGGAAAUGUCAUCUCGGCUUUGGCGGAAGGUACAAAGACGCACAUUCCUUACAGAGACUCGAAAAUGACGCGAAUUCUGCAAGAAGCGCUCGGUGGAAACUGCAGAACGACGAUCAUCAUUUGCGCCUCCCCAGCCGAAUAUAAUGAAGCCGAAACGAAAUCGACGUUGAUGUUCGGUGUGAGAGCAAAGACGAUCAAGAAUUCGGUCGUGGCGAAUGUUGAACUGACAGCCGAGCAGUGGAGAAGAAAAUACGAAAAGGAACGAGAAAAGAACAAAAAAGCAAACGCACAGAUUGAGUUGUUGAAACGAGAACUCGAACGAUGGAGACGCGGAGAAACAGUGCCCGAAGAGGAGCAAGUCAAUGAAGACGCAGUUCUUCUCGCGAUGAAAAAGGAGCCCUCGCAAGGAGGAGCUGCUUCUAGUAAUCACUCAUUAAUGAUCGAUCCACAAGGUCAAGGUGAUAGUUUCUUGGGAUCCGUCCGUCCUUCUCCCUGCGCGACGCCACUAGGCAGUGCUAAACGCGAUUUCCCCUCUGCUGAAGAAUCCGAGCUGUAUAAACAACUAGACGACAAAGAUGAAGAAAUCUGCUCCUUAUCAAGAGUUAACCAACAACUACAAGCGCAACUAAUGGAGCAGGAAAACCUCAUCGCCUACAUGAAAGGUUCCGACGACCGAAACUCGUCAGAAUACCAGCAAAUCUCCCAAGAACUGCAAAACUCAAAAGAAGAAGUGGCUGACUUAAUGCGCGCACUUGAGGAUCUGGCUGUUAGCUAUGAGCAAAAGGCAGAAGCACUCGGAGAGGCCGGUCGUGAGCGCGAAGCAAUGGAAGAAGAACUCCGACGUAAAGACGAGCAAAACGUGAACUUGUUGAGCGAACUGGAACUCGUCAAGGAACAAAAUCAAGAAAUCCAAACGCGAACGACAGAGACAAUGUCGAGUUUGCUCCGUGACCUGAGCGACAUGGGCAUGGCCGUGAAUCCAGAGAACACGGCCGAGCUCAGCCCCAAAAAGUCCGAUGGUCAGGCUUCAGAAUCUGAAUUCACUUCUGCCAGACUUCUCAUUUCCAAGAUGAAGGGCGAAGUUCUACAGGUCAUAAAUCGAGCGAAGCAAGCAGAAACGAAUCUAACCGAUCAGCACAAAUUAACCGAAGCGAAGGAAAAGGAACUCCAAGAAUACAAGGAAAAGAUCAAACAAUACGAAGCGCGCUCGGUGGAACUCCAGCAAGAUUACAACGAAUCCGAAGCGAAGAAACGAUCGCUAGAAGAAGAGCUUGAUCAAAGGUGCGCAGAGUUGGAGGUGCUAAAACAAGAAGAAAGAAGAGCACAAGAAAAAGUCGCCUCCCAAUCUGAAUCAGUCGAUCAUUUCCGAACGUCAAUGGAAGCUCAAUUGGAAAGUAACCGGGAAUUCCAUGCUCGUCAAGUAAAACGCCUUCGCGAGCAGAUCGAAGCCAAGAACACCCAAGUAGAGUCACUCCGGGCAAAGAACAACGAAGCGCACGCCGAGUCCGACCGAAUCAAGUCCGAAUACGCCCAGCUGCAGAGACAUGCCUCUGAGAAAGAGGGCAAGCUCAAGGAGAUGGAGACGAAACACGAACAAACGAACCAGGCGAAGAAUGAUCUUCGAGGCUUGGAAGAAACUGUUGGCCGAGAACUGCAGACACUUCAUAGCUUGAGAAGAAUGUUCGUCAAGGAUCUCCGAGAGCGUGUCAGAAAAGCUCAGGGCGAAAGUACCGACUGCGAUUUGGUGGAAGGAUCGACCGCGCAAAAACACCGAAUCGGCUUCUUAGAAACGAAUUUAAACCAACUUACCACUGUGCACAAGCAAUUAGUGCGUGAUAACGCAGACCUCAGAUGUGAAUUACCGAAACUAGAAAAGCGACUUCGAGCAACAGCCGAUCGUGUCCGAAGCCUUGAAUCUGCUCUGCGAGAAGCAAGAGAGGGUGCGCUGAAGGACAGGAGAAAGUACCAGGGAGAAGUCGAGAAAAUCAAGGAAACUGUACGAGCGCGAAACAUUGCCAGAAGAGCUCAACAGGCGAACAUUGCCCGUCCUGUUCGCCGGCCAGAGGGCGCCCUUGGUGGCAGUGGAAUCCGAAGACCCGUCCGCUCGCCGCAAGAAGAGCCACAAGGUGGCAUUCGCAAAUGGCCCGCGUCCGUCAAUCGCUCAUGA